CGUGAGUGCCUCAAAGAUGCCUGAGAGAUCUUCCUCACAGUCACGUCUGUCUGCUUGUCACGCGCCCUUAAAACCUGAGCCACCCGCGAGCAUCAGAGGAGUGACGCUCAUUUCUCUGUGAGGAUCGAACCUGUCAUUGUGAUCUCCCGGACCGGUGCGCAGAGGUGAGGUAAGCGCCCGCGCUUGUUUUACCACUUUACUCCCGCAUUCUCGCGCCCAUCAAGAUCUUCAGAAGCUGUUUGAAUGAACUCAUUCAACACUUCUAUGAAGGACUAUGAAGACCACUCGAAAAUGUCGCGCUUUGCUCUCUGUGGGUUUAAAUCUGCUGGCUCUUUUAUUCUCGACCACGGCGUUCAUCACGACCUAUUGGUGCGAAGGGACACAGAGGGUCCCCAAACCCAACUGCAGUAAGGAGAGACGGCAUAAUUGUAUUGACUAUGGGGUGAACGAGACGGACCCGAGCAAAGUUCACUAUAGCUGGGAAACAGGUGACGAUCGCUUUCUCUUUAGACAUUUUCACACGGGCAUCUGGUACUCGUGUGAGGAGAAUAUCCACGGAGGAGGUGAGACAUGCAGGAGUUUUAUUGAUCUGGCCCCUGCGUCUGAGAGAGGUGUCCUUUGGCUGUCAGUUGUGUCUGAGGUGCUAUACAUCAUGUUGCUGGUCGUUGGCUUCAGUCUGAUGUGCUUGGAGCUUUUUCACUCCAGUAAUGUAAUCGAUGGACUCAAACUGAAUGCCUUCGCCGCAGUCUUCACUGUGCUGUCAGGUCUCCUGGGGAUGGUAGCUCACAUGAUGUACACGCAGGUCUUCCAGAUCACAGUCAGUUUAGGCCCGGAGGACUGGAGGCCACACACAUGGGACUACGGAUGGUCCUUCUGUAUGGCCUGGGGCUCCUUCACCUGCUGCAUGGCUGCGUCAGUCACCACCCUUAACUCCUACACAAAGACGGUGAUUGAGUUCAGACACAAACGGAAGCUCUUUGAGCAGGGCCUGCGGGAGGAGCAGACCUUUUUGGACCCUGAGGCCUUUCAUUAUUUCCGUGACAGGUCGGUCCAGUCCAUCUCCAGCUCCAUAGACGUUUACCCAAGCCACCCGAGCAGUCACGGGAGCAGUCGUGGGAAAAUGAGGUCCCCGCCGGCCCCGAUGGACCAGGGGGACAACACAGAGUCUUUGGGAGAGGAACAAUGCUGAGUUGAGAUGCAUCCGGUGCUGCACUGGCUUUGGCAUUGGCCGGAGAGCUCCUUCUGGGUGGAACGGCUCAAAUGGACUGAGGUGCAGGGGGGGUCGAAAGUAUUGUAUUCCUUUUUUAACAUGCAGUUCAGUUUAUGCAGGACGCACAUAAAUAACUGUGUGAAGCAUGAGAUUAGCAAGCUGGGCCUUAGCAAAAUCUUUGAUUGUAAAUAUAAUUGUAGACAGGAAUAGCUGAGGUAGGCACAGGCAAAUGGGUAGCAAACUUACACUGCCGUAAGGACUGAGCAGCCGUGUAAAGUUUUGUAAGGUGCUAGAACAGAAUCUAUAAGCAGGGCUAGGAAUUUGAGCUAUGGCCCUGUUUAUAUUCAUCGUUGGUCCUGUGCCCUGAAGGUUAGACAUGCUCCUAAUUAUUUACCGGUCUUAUACAGUCUGUGAAAUGUCCUCCUCCCUUGGUGAGAUAUGCUUGAAUAUGCCUUGAUGUUAAAAACAGCAGAGUAGUUUAAAUCCUGCCUUCAAUACUGCUGCAGCUGAACGCAGAAGCACAGUCCUUUUCAGCUGCCAUGUCUACUCCACACUUGGAAUUGCCUGUUUCUGUCUUUGUGGUACAUUACUGGGUUGGUUAUCAGCUGUCAAUGACAAGAUUGUAACGCCCCCCUCACUUUUUAUAAUAUUUGAGCAUCUUACUAUUGUUAAAGGAAUAGUUCACCAUAAAUGAACUGUCCGUCAUUAUUUACUCACCGUCAUGCUGUUUUAAAUCCAAAUGCAGUUAUAUGGAACAAAACUCCAAAAAAGGAUUUUCACACUCCUUAUAGCACACAAAUAUCUGGCAAACGUCUCUUUGAUGUCUGCAUUUACAUCUGCAAGACAUAGUUUGCUUAUUUGCAAUACGUCUCAGAGACGUCUGCUGUCAGAUGUCAUAGAGAUCUAGAAGACGUCUGUAAGAUGUUUAUGAUUUAGAAUGGAUGUAAAAAGGCUCUUUCUAAGAUGUUUAGCAGAUCUUUAGCAGACGGCUUACAGAUGUACCUGUGCUAGCUGGGAAAGAACACAACUGUAUAUACAGUGUGCAUCCUUUGCCAGUUUAAAAGUGAAGACCAUAUGUAUUUCAUAUGAGUUUAUAAGGGUGCGUUCAUAUUUGUAGUUCGGUUAUUUUGGUCCGGACCAAAAAUGGAAAAAAAAGUAGUCCUGGUUCGCUUAGCGUUCAGACUGGCAUUUUAAGAGUGAACCUAAAGAUAUCAAACCUAACAGCCUAUGUGUAAAGUCGCAACGUGAUUGGACAGCUUUUAUGUUUUAUAUUUUAAAACGGAACUUACCGGACAUCCAAAACAAUGCUGUGUGCUGGGUUAUACAUGCUCAGUGUAUGCCUGCACAUAUGAGGGUAUUUUUAGCGAGCCGGUAACUCGCGAAGACCCUCAUGAAGUGUUUAAAGCAGUCAAAAUGGCGCCAGGAAUUCCUCCGUUACAUGCGCAAACACAGAUCUAAUAAACACUCAUUUUGUAUUGCCAUAUCACUUGAUUUUCGGGUCAUAUAUUGUUAUCACUUCCUGAUUUUGGUUCGGUUCAAUGCCUUUGGUCCGUGUUGCGUUCAUAUUUCAAUCGAACCGCGCCAGAGCUCGUUUAAAAGUGUACCGAGACCCAUAUUUUCAGCGGUCUUGGUCCACUUGUUUGGUGCGCACCAGGGCUCGAUUGGCAGCAUUCACACUUACAGAAAAAAACACACUUAGGGACCGAUACCAAGCUCAUGUACUCGUACUCGUAAUGACACACCGAUACCAAAGACCGAUACCUCAUGUGACAGAGCCCUAUGAUUUCCGCAAUGCGGAAAACGCGGACGGAAUCGAGGAAUCCAGGCAUUUCGUAACAAGAAAUUAGCGCUGAACAGAUAACGUAACAGUUAACGAAAUAUUCAGAUACUGUUUAAAUAUGUAUUCUGCUUGUUUUGCAUUACCGUGUGUGAAAGAGUGGUGCGGUUGCGUGUACUGAACGCAUUGUGCUUGUGGAGCUUUCAGCGCCAGCGUUUAACUGCACGAGGACACAAACACAUAAACAAACACCAUUUGUGGUGAUCCAUUAAAAUAAAAGUCCGGUUAACUUAAACAAACGCUGUUUGCGGCGUUCCGUCAAAAUAAAAGUCCGGUUGACUUGAACAAGUUAUAUUAUGCUCACAUUUUAUCACACCACCCCCCUUAAUUUUUUUUAUAAUUUGACCACAGAGUAUAUUGUUUACUUUAGUAAACUGAAGUAAAUGUGCUAGUAAAAUUGUGCUACUUAUCAUAAAAAAUAGAACUUGAUUAAAAAUAGUACUUAAAUUUAAGUAGACCUAAAAACAAAAGAAAGAAGAAAAUGUACCAGUAAGAUACUGGUUUAUUAACAUUAUUGUACAUUAUACAGGCAUCGGUUAUAGGUAUCGGUAUCGGCGAGUGCCAGAAAGAAAAUAUCGGUACUCGUACUCGGUCUUUAAAAAAUGGUAUCGGUGCAUCCCUACUAACAGAGCAAUCGCACUACAGUUCGUUUUAAUCUAACCAAACAUGGCAUAUGUGAACACACCCUAAGUCUUUUAAAGACAUGUGAUACGUUUGUAUCAUGAACAGAUGGAAAUUGAGAGAAUCCCUCCAAUGACCUGUCAGUCUAAUUUGUGAUUGAAUCAUUCCUUUGAGCAUUUUAAAAUGGUUCAUGAAUUGGACUAAUCCAAAAGUUCAAAAGUGAAAGUUCGUACUGGUUCUCACAUAGCACCUCACUGGAGAAUAUUUAUAUUCCACAGAAAAAACAGCAAAUGUAUUUGAAACAAUAUGAAAUGGAGUAAAUAACAACAGUGUUUUGGGUAACCUAUUCCUUUAAUGUUCAAACAAUGAAUGGAAUUCUGUCUAUUAUUGAAUGUAUGAAAUUAUAUAUUUAUCUAUGUACACACUAUAAUCCUGUCUUUUCAUUUGAUAAACAAGAGUUUGAAAACUGUCAGCUUUUGUUGGAGUUUUAUUUGACUUUCAGUGGGUUUUAUAGGCUUUUCAAGCAGUAUUAUACUGUAAACAAUACACAAGAUGUUAAUGUCAGAGAUCUUGGCCGGUUAUUUUGUCUAUUUUUACUUCACUAAUGAUAUAGUUCUAAAUCAUGCCAAAGCAGGAUUAAACUGUAACAUGUUGCCUAGCAACACACAGAUUAACAGUCUGUCUGAAAUGCUGUGAACAUCAACAAGCUAUUUGCGAGAUUUACAAACAGAGGGCUGAUGUUCUAAAUAUUAGCACUUUUGGAAUCCCGCUUGUCUACAUGAGAACUAACUUGUAUUCAGUCCAAUGUAAAGAUGGUGGUAGCUAAAUUGAAAGGUAUGAAAAUAUAAAUUCUUCCAAAAAGAAAACUUCCUGUCUUUAGUCCUAAAGAAAUGUCAUCACCCCUCCCUAACAUCUGUAGCUGAGCAGCACGCUCCUGUGCACAAUCUUCAAAAUGAUUUCUUGGGAGAUUUAUGAUAUUCAGGCUACUGAAUUACACACUAUUUACAAGAAGUCAUAAAACUGCUUGCUGUAGUAAGCGGUAGCAUGGUUUAGAACCUGCAUACAGCACAAGCUCAGAUCAAACAGCCAGUUCAAUUAAAGAGGAUUGAUCCUGCAGUGUGAAAGCCAGCAGAUGAAGCUUACGCUAAUGCAACCCCCAUAAAACGCAUGCAGUUGUGUGAAAUCUGACAGAGAUGGAUCACACUUCAAUUCAUUUGUGUUGAGGAAAGUGGAUGACUAUAAUCCCAUUAUCAUCAUCUGUUUUGUUCCUUCUUUUUCAAGGCAAGUUUUUGCCAUUUCUAUUUUUAACCUGUAACUAUUUAUUAACUUAAGUCUUCCCGGGAAGUUUGUAAUACAGGGGGCUUUUUUCGGUGUUAUGUACUAAAGCAGAAUUCCCAUUCAUUGCCAUUUUAAAAGAAGACAAAGCACUCAGUGCAUGCUCUUUAUAAUCAUUGUAUGUUUCAUGAAACGUGACAGAUGUACAGUGUUUUUGUGUCCGUUUCCUCUAGAUCAGUGGUUCUUGUUGUAAGGCCCCUUUGUGUAGAGUGCAUUGCUUUGCGGCCCCCCAAAUAAAGAUUUAUAAUCUUAAUCUUAAAAUUUUUAUUAAACCAAGAAAAUAUUCUAAUUGAUGCUAAAACAUCAAUUCUUUUGGUUGGUGGUGUUGUUUUUCUGAUGCUUGAUUGCACAAAAUGUAUGAUAAAUAUCUAUAUUUCUAAAAUGCCACAAAAUCUGUGGCUCCCCUGGAACCAUCUUGGGGCCCCCCAGUUUGAGAACCACUCCUCUAAAUGGUUAGUGGUUGAAAUCUACAGGAAAGAAUUUAUAGCGCAGUGGAGUGCUGGGCCAUUGACGAUCACACAGUGACACACAUCUGGUGAUCUUGCCGCUCAUCUGAUGUCCACCCAUCCAUCUUCUCAUCUGUCAGUUUUCAUAUCCGCUGUUUUUUGGAGAUCACCUGCCCUGUCAUCUACCCAAACUACUGUGUGUGAUGCUUCACAUCGUCUGGAUAUUUUAAUACAUAAUAUUUCUCCUUCACUGCACCACUGACCUGUGUAUGACCCUUGAACUAUUGAACACAGAUUAUAAGCGCCUCAAAGUGAAAAGCAAUUACAUCUAUCUCCAUAUGGCACAAGGGAUUCAUUCUCUCUACUCUUAAACAGACCAGAGAGUCUUUUAAAUUAACAAAGCAAUGACACGGAAGGGUUCGGUGAUGGAGGAGCAGGAUGCUUUUUUUCCACACUGAGUUUUACAAAAUACACAAUACAAAGCUUUUUUAAUUGCAUUUUACAGGGAGGGUAGUGAGGUACAAGAUCAAUUUCUGCCCUGUAGAUGAAACACAAUGAGCUGGCAUUUGGGGCAAGAGAUUUGCACAGUGGGAGUGGAGGAAUUCAUCAUGGUUUGGUGAUAAAUCAAGGAGAAACAGUCACUAAUUAAAGUGCAUCAGAAAUCUUGCCUAGCAGAAUUGCUUACAGUAUUAUAACGUUCAGUUUGGUGAACGGUGAAUAAAAUAAAAAAGUGUAUUUUUCUUUGUGAAUAAUCCACACAAAAAAACGAAAUUCGCCCUCUUUAUAUCAGAUUGGGUUAUUUAAUCCAUAAUAAUUAUGUUCAAAUGACAAAAGGAAGUAUGCAUUUGGGUGAAUUCUUAAUUUUUUAUUUCUGAGCUAACUAUUCAUUUAACAAACCUCCAAAAUAGUCCUGUAUAUACAACACAACAGCAACUGUAGCGCAUAUCUUCAGCGUUGUCAUGUCGUUUAGUCAUGCCAGGUAAUGAAAUGCAGCUAAGGGAGUUUAUGAGGUGCACCUGCCGGCUCGUUUUGAGACUGGCGGUGGACGGGUCAUUUGUUUAAUUUUCAUUAGGUGCUCAGAGGCAAUUGGUGUCCCCGUCGCUAUGAUACACGUGCGUAUCAAGGUAUGCGUGCUCUACGAUUCAGAGUGGAAUCUUUCAUGCUGCCUGCCCCCGAUGUUGCUCAAAUAACAGUAAUUAAGACAUGUAAAUUAUAAUAAAUGAUGUUCCUCUCAGUGGGCGAAACGGAAGGUUGACAACAAGCACAAAAUAAGAUGCAAAGCUACGUGAAACCACAGAAACUAUAGCUGCAGGACAACAACAUUCAUUUUACAUAGCAUGACGUGAAUCAUUGCUGGAUUAAAUAAAUUACACAUUGAAAAUGUAGGAUGGGGUUCCGACUGAAGUGUGUGUACAUUCUCUAAAAAAAGAAUCUGCUGUUGUUGAGUCUAGAUUUGGUUUGCCUAAAUAAUUGAUGAACUUUACCCAAUCAAAAAACAGUUUACGAUAUUACAUGACCUGCCUGGUUAUUAAUGCUGCCUUCACGUGCUCUCGGAAGUUUGAUAAUUCCCACUUCUGAUGUCAUGAUUCCGGUUGUGUUCAGGUGCUUGUUGUCUGAAAGAAUGGAGGACGCCAGAUUCAUGCUUGCGUGUGUCUUGGGAUAAUGUUGGUAAUAGUUUUCAACCGUACAUACUGUAUAGUUUUACUAGUCAGCUUGCUGUAGGCUACUAUUCUGCAAUAUUGGUGAAAUACGUGCCAUGUUCGCAGUGUGGGCUAUAAAACAUACAUUAUGCUUCAGAUGGUUAUUCAUAUAUGUAAAUACAGUAUGUCAUUAACGACUAGGCAAUGAAGCUGUUUCGCAAAAACUAAUAAAUCAUAUUUGUCACAGCAGAAAUCCUUCUCCCAUCCGCCAUGUUGAUUGUGUCAACUCGGAUAUCAAAAUUAUUUCCCAACUUCCCAGUGGGUUGCGACAUAUCAGACGGCGUGCAAUUUUUACCUUGGAAACUCAUAUUUUCACCUUGGAAACUCAUAUUUUCAAUAAUGCCGAGAGCACAAGAAUGCUACGUUGACACUUCGGAUAUAACGCAAGGAACAUUAAAAAUAGGCCUAUUUAUAAUUUAGUAAAAUAUUAAACAUUAACAUUAAACAUAUUUGUUUACAAUAAAACAAUGCUAUUCCAGAAAUUAUUUCUGGGUUGAGGUGGGAACUAUCCUAAAUCCGAGAUGUCUGGAACGCAGAAUAAUGCUGCGUAUUUCCCACCACAAACCUGGAACUAAAGUCUAGAUUAGUAACAGUAAAAGUAAACGUAAUUACAGCAUAAUGUUACUAUCCUGAUAGCACACUACAUCUGGCAGAUGUCUAUUUGACAUCUGCAUUUACAUUUGCAAGGCAUCUGCAAUACAUACACUUCAACAAAUUUCUGUAGUUUUUACAGCAUUAUUACUGUAAAAUGAUCAAAUCGUUACUGUAAAACCUGUAUACAGCAGGUUGCUGUAGAUCUGCAAAGCACUGUGGGAAAAUUUUGGUGGCGGGAAAAUUCUACAGUAAAUAUGUUUGUGCUGUGAAUCAUACAGUAAUUUUUAACUGAUUUUUUUUCAGCACAAAUCUGAAGAGACUCGUCAGAUUCUUUAAAAUCUUGACUUCAGCAAAGUAUUUUUUUCUCAUUUUUCUCAUUAUUUGUUGCUAUUAUUGUUUAUUUAGAGCAGUUUCCUCUUGUCAGGUUAUCUGUGCGUUGUAUAUGAGUGUGCUGGGAUAGAUGGCGAGAGAACACAGACAUGAGCUGCACUGUAAAAAAAAUCCCGUAAAAAAACAGAUAAAGUACUGGCAGAAAAUUACCAGUACAUUUUCCUUUAUUUUACGGACAUUUCCAUUAAUGCUAAAAUGCAAAUGAAUGCAGUGCAAAAUGUAAAAUACAGGUAAAACAACUGUAAAAAUGAACACGGAAAAUUCCUUCAUAUUAAUACAGUAUAUUGUGCCCUAUUUUUACGGCUUUUUUUUAGAGUGUGGUAUGUGUGCAUAAAAUAAACGUUUUGCUUAUAUAAUUAUAAAUUUUCUUAUCUAGCAAGAUUUUAUUGAAAAAAUCUUCAAGUUUGGCAAAGGAUUCAUGCUGCUGGAUAAAAAAUAAACCGGAAUUGUUUAACUUACAGUAAAUAUAUUUAUCCUGUGAAUCAUUAUACAGUCAUUUUUAACGGAUUUUUUAUCAGUACAAAUCUGACGAGACUCCAAAUAUACAGUAUUAUUUGUUUCCAUUAUUGUUCAUUUAGCGCAGUUUCCUCUUGUCAAGUUGUCUGUGCGUUGUUUCUUUACGAGUGCUCAAUUACUACACGAGUAUACAGUAUAUUACUACAAAAAUAAACGCUUCGCGCAAAUAAUUAUGUUUUCUCAUCUGGCAAGAUUUGAUUGAUGACAUCUUCAGUUUGGCGAAGGAGUAACGCUGUUGGAUAAAAAUAAUCCGGAAUUGUGUCCGUGUGUAUGUUAUGUGUGUUUGUGCGUAUAGCCAUGUGAAAACGCAAUAACAGGUAAGACUUUUAAAGAGUUUUAAUGGUUAGACAUUUCAUAUUCUUUAUAAGAUCCUUUGCAGGGCAUGCUGCAGCAACUAAUGUCUGAGAAUAACGGGGGCUUUGUGCAAGAAAUGCCCUCAAAAUUCAACAUAAAAGGCCAAAAAAUGCCCUUGAAUAAUACAACUAAAAGUGAUAUAACUGUUACGAUUAAAAUGAAAUGUGAAUAAAGUGUCUUAUUACAUCUGAUCACUGUGCAUAUUUCUUUUACAUGUGUUAUGUACAGCGGUGAGAACCUGUAGUCUCGGCGCAUGAACGUAAUGGCCAAUCAGAAGUUUAGAUGAGUUACCGCUUGCUUAUAAAAACAACAGGUUGCAGAUACGAUGUAAAUCAGAUUCAUUUAUUAUAAUGGAAGUUUAAUGCAGUCAACUUCAUUCAUUAUAACACGAGAUUAUAACUGCAGUCAUUUGCUUUUUCAGUUAUGAGUUUUUAAGUUUUGUUUAUUCCCAGUUUUUUUUUAAAAACGUUUUUAUGCUACUUAAAGAUGUAUUAAUGCAAAAACAGCAAUAUCACCCAUGAACUAUUUGUCUUUAUAGUCAAUAAGAAUGAACUGUAAGAAUGGCAUACUAAACCAUUUUAACAUAUUCUAUUAUUUGACAAUAAUCAUGAUUAAAAUAUCAACGGUAAUAUUAAGAUAAUGUUUUUAAUAUUUCAGUCCACUGUAAAGAGUGCCUGGUUCUUAUAUUUAUUACAUGUGAUAUGCUCCUCUAACUCAGUUUAAAGACAGCAUUAGCCUUAAACUUUGUUUUUGUCUUUUUUUAUCUUUUAUCUUUUCAUAAUGUAUACAUGUGCAUUUAAAAUGACAUUAAUCUUUAUUGAGUUGUGGUGUAAAUACAGUUACAUACAGGUAGUCUGUGUAAUAAGCCAGAUGCAGCUUCUGCAGAAUGAAUAUCACUGAAUAUAAUGAGUUAUGUCUUUUGUCUUUUACUGCAAGGAAGAAGACUUCAGUCCAGGAGGAUGACUCCAGUUCAGGAAAAGCAUACAGGACCAGAGUCAGUUACAAAUAAUGUUUUUUUCAAUUAUAUAUUGUAUAGAUCUAACAAUGUAGUUUUUUAUUAUAAGCAUGUAAUGUAUAUUAUAUCAUUUUAAAAUGAUUGUGUUUUAUACAUUUCUAAUUUUAA